AUGGCAGGCUUCCUAGAAGAAAAUCAAGAAUCACUCAAAGAGUUAAUGACACUAAGGGACACUUUGGGUCUGGCCAGUAAAAAUCCAAGAAUCAUAGUAAAUGAAAUCCAAAGAAAAGUCGGCCAUGGAAGCUUAUCAUUUGAAGACUUCUCAGAUUUGCUGAUGGACUUGGACUGUGCAACAGAAGGUACUGAAAAAAUGAGAAAAAGAAGAGCCAUAAGAAGAUUGUUUGAUCUGAUCGAUCAAAAUAAAAAUGGGACACUUGAGGAAGAUGAAAUAUACUGGACCAGACUGAAUUUUUAAAAAAAAUUAAAAAAAUAAAUAAUUCAGAUAGGAUGGGCAUAAUAAAUUCUCUUGUUGUACUUUGUGGUGGCACUCCAGAUGAGAAAAUUGAAGCAGUUUUUAUGCUUUAUGAUACUAAUGGUGACGGUUUAAUUUCUUUUGAUGAACUUCUUGCUCAUCAGACUGCUGCUUUUAGGAUGCUUUUUUCAUGCCACCCUGAGCUGGAAGCCCAAUAUGGUGAAACUCCAGAAUUCAUGGCAAGAAUAACUGUUGAGCAAAUAUUUUUAUACCUCGGGAAGCUGAAUUUGAUAGUUCAAAAAAUAAUAAUUGUUUGGCCACUUCGUGGCCAAUAAAUCUUAAUAUAUAUAGUUUAUUUUAUUGAUUUUUAAUUAUAAUUUUUAUAAAAAUUUUAAAAAAUGUUCAGGCCAAUCAAUUAUCUUCAAUAUAGAAAUUGAUACUAAUAAAGACGGAGUCAUUACCCUCCCAGAGAUGAAAGCAUGGUUUAACGGGCAAGAAAUCACUGAAAAAAUCCAAGAAGAUAAAUCCUUAAAAAUCGAAGCCCUCAAGCAGAGAAAAGACCAACUCCUGCACAGGCUUAACCAAAUAAAAGCCCAAUUAAAAUCCCAAGCAAGAAUCGAUAGCAUCCACAACCAAAAGAAAAUUACAGGCCUUGGGAGAAUCCACGUAAGAGACGCCCUCAGGACUUUUAGAGAACAGAAUUCCUCAGGAUUUUUUUCUCGUCAAGACUUUUCAACCAUCUUAAACAGCCUCAUAACUAAAUACGCAGGUGACGCAUCAAUUGAUAAAACUGCUUUACAUCUAUUAAUUUCAGACUUGUUCUCACAGUUUGACGAUGAUGGCAAUGGUGUUGUUAACCUUUUUUAAUGAAUUAUUAGAAAAUAAUUACAAAAAAAGAUUUUUUUUAAUUUAUUUAUAAUUGGUAUAGCAUGGGAGAACUAUUCUGUGGACUAUCUGUCCUAUGUGCAGGCAGCUUAGGUAGCAAACUUCAAGCUGCAGUAGAAUGCUUUGACCAAUCAGGAGAUGGAGAUCUACAAUUCCCAGAAAUCGUGAAAUUCAUGAAAUCAGUAUUCCGUGUUCUCAUCCCUGAAGAUGUCACUGAAAUCAAACCUAGUGCUAUUGCAACAGCCACAGCCAAAAACUUGUUCAGGUCUGAAGGAGUUAAUUAAGAUUAUUGAAAAGCUCCAUGUAAUGCCUGAGCCAGGUAUUUAACUCACCUUGCUUCGUUAGGCCGCCUGACCACCCCAGCAGGGGUUAACUCCUCUUCACUUGAGGCUCGUGUCAAACGGAGAAUAGAGUAGGAUGGGUCACCGUACGUCAGAUGAGGCUGUCUUCACAAAAAUCCCAAAAAAUGGGAUCUCUGGCCAAAUUUUGGCAAAAAGUAAAAACUUGCAGCUCAGGGCAUAACCCCUGGCUUCACGCAAGGGAGUUGCCCGAUUGGCCUAGACACGCCUGCAGACCUUGUUGGGCUUCCCUUUUUCAACUCCAAGUCCCUCUUUUCCUCUACGUAAAAUCCAGCUCUGAAAGCGGACUAAGGUUAGGCCCCCAAACGCAACUGAGAUUGCUUACCUAGCAUGCAGCCCAUUUAUGGGCUGGCAAAGCCUCAUGGAUAUAAUUAAAUAUGUACUCGAGGCUGUAUGACCAGGAAGCCAUGAUCUCCAUAUUUAAUUAUAUGGUCUAAGGAGUAGACAUCGAAACUGGAGGAGUUUCCUAUGAAGUCAUCAAAAAAUGGGUCAAUGAGAUGAAAAUUAAUUAA